CUUUCUAGGGACAUCUCCAUAAUAGUUAAACCGCUUCACUCUCUCUCUCUCUCUCUCUUCUCUAUUUUGUGCUUAUCUUAAUCACCCGACUAGAAAUCCACCACGCGAUCACACAGUAUCACUAUUUCUGAUUGAAACGGAGUAAACCCUCUGAAGAACACCAAGAAAAUGGAUGGAAAGAAGAAGGUGAUGGUGGCAAUCGACGAAAGUGAGUGCAGUCACUAUGCUCUGAAGUGGACCCUCCAGAAUCUUCGAGACACCAUUGAAACCUCCAACCUUUUCAUCUUCACCGCUCAACCUGUUGUCGACCUCGGUUAUCUUUACGCUUCAUCUUAUGGUGCUGCACCUGCUGAAUUAGUUAGAUCUAUUCAAGAAAACCAUAAAAGAGUUGCCGAGGCUUUGUUAGAGAAAGCAAAGGAAAUCUGCAGUGAAUAUGGGGUAGCUGCUGAAACAUGUACAGAAGUCGGAGACCCUAAGGAGGCAAUAUGCAAAGCUGUGGAAAAUCUCGACAUACAAUUACUUGUGCUCGGCAGUCAUGGUCGCAAAGCUUUACAGAGGGCUUUUCUUGGAAGUGUGAGCAAUUAUUGCGUGCACAAUGCCAAAUGCCCUGUUUUAGUAGUGAGGAAAAAGGAGUGAAAUACGUAGUCUCCAGGCAUCCGGGGACAGACUCCAAGCGUGCGGGGUGGGGAUGCAUGCUUCUAUAUAUGUCGAGAGGAAAUUUGAUGAUUUUAAUGAAUAAGCAUAUUGUAAUCCUGAUGUCGUUUCUCUUCUGUAUAAGUCGCUGUUGUGUGGAAUGCUACGUAUAACUCUGUAUUUUCGAGAUCCUUCGAUAUCAUUGUACUUUCGAGAUCUAUCAAGAUUAUUGUAUUUUUGUGAUUGGAUAUAUAUUUAUUACUUG